GAAAAACAUAUUAAAGUUGUAAUUUUUUUUAAUCGUUUUCCUCAUCCAAAUCUGAAAGCACUCACAAGUCUUUCUCUGAUUCAGACUUCUUUUCUCGUCCAACUUUCGCCUUCAGAAGUCAGUUUUUACGAAUUGCACAAAAAAUGAAUUCCAGAAAUGAAGUCUUGAGACCGUUUCUUCAUUCUUCUUUCCCUUUCUGUUCUUCCCUGCUGAAUCGAGAAGGAGGAACCGCUUUAGUUUGUUGAUUUCAGGUUCUCGAAGCCCAUACCCUUUUUUUAAUUUUUGCCUCGUUUUCCGAAAAAACCACUUUUGGUCUUGCUUUUUGUGAGCUUUAGCAUGAUUAAAAAGGGAUUUCGUUGAUUGGCUCUAGGACGCACGCACGCACGCUUCGGGUUCUGCUAUUUAAUUUUGAGUGGACUUGGAUUGUUUUUCUUUUUCCUUUUGGAUGAGAAUCAAGGGAGUUUUCAGAAUUUUGGAGAGUUGUGGCGGGAUAAGCAAGUUUUCGUAACUUGGAUCCUACCAAGUUGACCCAGAUUGGAAUUUUCAAGGCUUAGUGGUGAAAGGAUCCUAUCGGAUUGGGUCACUGGCAUGUGAAUUUGGAUAGACUAGUGGAGCUAUACAAGCCAUUGUCUAAUCUAAAGCUCCGAAGUCAUUAAUCUGUGGUAAAAUCUGGUGAUCGGGAUGGGUUGCGAGUGUUCGAAGUUCUCGGACUGUUGUUUUGGUUCAGAGGAAACCAAACCAGUUGCUCGUGCUCCAGAUAAUGAAAGUGUAGAGAAAAGUGAGCUUGAUCUGCCUGCAUUCCGCGAGUUCACCAUAGAUCAAUUGAGGAUGGCUACAUCUGGAUUUGCUGUUGAAAAUAUAGUAUCCGAACAUGGUGAAAAGGCUCCGAAUGUGGUUUACAAGGGGAAACUCGACAACCAGAGACGAAUUGCUGUCAAAAGAUUUAAUAGAUCAGCCUGGCCAGAUGCUAGACAAUUUUUGGACGAAGCAAGAGCGGUCGGUCAACUUCGGAACCAGAGACUGGCAAAUUUACUUGGUUGUUGCUAUGAGGGUGACGAGAGGUUGCUUGUUGCAGAAUUUAUGCCCAAUGAAACGUUAGCAAAACACUUAUUUCAUUGGGAAAAUCAACCUAUGAAGUGGUCAAUGCGGUUAAGGGUGGCACUACAUCUUGCACAAGCUCUAGAAUAUUGCACCAGCAAAGGGCGAGCACUCUAUCAUGAUCUAAAUGCUUACAGAGUUGUUUUUGACGACGAAGGAAACCCUCGACUUUCAUGUUUCGGUCUGAUGAAAAACAGUCGGGAUGGGAGAAGUUACAGCACAAAUUUGGCAUUUACUCCCCCUGAAUAUUUAAGAACAGGCGGAAUAACUCCAGAAAGUGUCAUAUACAGCUUUGGAACUCUUUUGCUUGACCUUCUGAGUGGAAAACAUAUUCCUCCAAGUCAUGCUUUAGAUCUCAUACGGGACAGGAAUCUUCAGAUGCUUACUGAUUCUUGUUUGGAAGGGCAAUUCUCAAAUGACGAGGGUACCGAAUUAGUGCGGCUUGCAUCACGAUGUUUGCAGUAUGAACCUCGAGAGCGUCCUAAUACAAAAUCAUUAGUUUCAGCAUUGAUUCCUCUUCAGAAAGAUGCUGAGGUUCCUUCUCAUGCAUUGAUGGGCAUACCACAUGGUGCUGCAGCUAUGAAUCUGUCAUCUCUUGGUGAAGCUAGCUUAAGAAUGGAUUUGACAGCCAUACAUGAAAUCUUAGAAAAGAUUGGGUACAAGGAUGAUGAAGGUGCAGCAACUGAGCUCUCGUUCCAGAUGUGGACCAACCAGAUGCAGGACACGUUGACCUCGAAGAAAAAGGGUGACGUGGCUUUUCGGCAGAAGGAGUUUAGAGCUGCAAUUGAGUGCUAUACCCAGUUCAUAGAAGUCGGGACCAUGGUUUCUCCAACGGUAUUUGCACGUAGGAGUUUGUCAUAUCUGAUGAGCAACAUGCCACAGGAAGCCCUUGAUGAUGCUGUGCAAGCCCAAGUAAUAUCUCCCCUCUGGCAUGUCGCAUCCUAUCUGCAAGCUUCUGCACUUUUUGCCCUCGGAAAAGACAACGAGGCACAUAUAGCGCUCCGGGAGGGUUCUGUCCUCGAAAGUAAAAAGAACGCAGUGACCUGACAAAUAGCAAAAUGAAAGACUAGACUUUUCUCUCCAUUGAAAUCGGUCUUCUUCUGUAGAUGAGAACAGAUCGCAGUUUCGUACAUAUCGCAUAACGUGGCCUGAGGAUCGACAACAUCGGGAGUUCGAAUGGAGAGAAAUGGAGGUACUCUAACUGUGCCGUGAUUCGUUCAUAUUGUCAAGUUGAAGGGUUUUUUUUAACAUCACUUCUGGAAGGGUUGGUUUGCUGAGUUUUCUGAGGGUGUCAGGUAACUUCCUUUCUUCAAACUACAGUAGUCUCUGCCUGCAUUUGUUCCAUUUUCUAAUAGCAGCAUCUUGAUAUAUGAUUGAUUAUGUUGCUUUCAGAACAUUAUUUAUCUGUAAAGAAUUAAUCGCAUUCGAGGUCAAAAUGGAGAAUGCUUUUGCCUACUUUCUAUGUUUAUCAUUUAUGUAGAAACACCCAAUGUUUGGCUGCUUAAAGGUGAUACUAGUUAUAUCACAUAUGUUAUUACUAUUCUUUUCCUAAUAAAAUAUAAUACUUUCCA